AUGACAAAUGUAAGGCAAUGGCACAGCGCCCAUCAAGACCAAGGACUGACAGCUGCAGCACAAUCAUGGAGACCGAGUAAAACAGAAUCGCGCGAAUAUGCGCCCUUCACUACAAGAACACCAUGGCUCGUCACUCUGCUCGUAGUAAUAUUAGGCUGCAUUGCCGCGCUCGAAACUGCUUUUCAUUCAGGCGUCGAUGCGGACGAUCCCAACGACUCUGCUACCCUGGCUCGGAGGCAAGAAGAUAGCACAACUCUACCCGAGUUUUCAAUCCUCACAACUACCGAUUCCGAGCCUACCAUUACAACGUCUAUCGAGCCCUCAACGACUGUUAUCCCUUCGACAACAUCAACUCCUACAACAAGUGCUGUGACGUCCCCAACAACAUCUGGCCCUACAACGAGUCGUGUGGCAUCCCCGACAACAUCGAGAGACAGCACUUCCCCCACCGAGAUCACUGCCUCCUACGCCAAUCCUGACGGCUUUAUCACCAACAAAACGCCGACAACCUCGAGAUCCAACGAUGUCACCGCAGCAAGCACGGACGAGGAUGCGCAUAUCACCAACGCGACCCCGACAACAUCGCUUUCCCCCGAUCCGCCCGUCACAGAAUCCGCAGACCCCGAGUCGUUCAUCACUACUGAUGCCCCUUCGGGUGAGACUCUGCAUCUAACUGUUGUCACCGUAUCACCUGAGACGGCGACACAAGUGACCACCGAUUCCAUGGGGUCUACGGUCACUAAUACUGUGGUCGUUUCUGUGAGCUCUACGGUCACCACUUCAGAAAUCAUAUCGAACGGACUGGUAACGCUGGCAAUUUCGCCAACAGUUCUAACAACCGUGAUUGGCGGCGAAACUCAGGUUAUCUCGACGUCUACAACAGUCACAGCUCCAGCAUCGUCGAGCACGCCAACGGCACCAGCUGGCGUCAAGUCUUCGCAAGUGCAAAUCUCGAAGACAUACAAAGACCACGACUUCUUCUUGUCAUCAUAUCUGGCAGUCUUAGUCGCUGUGCUGCUAAAGCUUACCUGGGGUCUUGUCUUCUCGGGUCUGAAGAUGCUCGAGCCCUUCUACCAGCUCUCAAAACCUGGUGGAGCCACACCGUCCGAAUCCUUGCUUGCUGACUACCUGUCUGCGGCGUAUGGAUGGACUCACAUUCGUCACAUCUUCAGUGGGCACUGGGUCAUGCUUUUUAGCACCUUUGCUUACAUCGCAAUGGCCACACUGAGUCCCAUCGCAUCUGAGUCCAUGGCGACAGUUGCCACGCAGUUCUGUCCCCAGCCAUCUGGAAUAAUGCAGCCCUGCAGUCCAGUGUGGGUCAUCAACAAGGGCCCCGCACGUGCUCUGGAGGGCAUCCUGAUCGCCGUUGCUGUGCUGAUCAUUCUGGUCAUCGUCUUCAAUUUCCGUCGCAAAUCUGGCAUCCACAGCAACCCCUCUUCGAUUGCCACCAUGGCCUCACUUCUUUCCCACGACGACAUGCUUCAAGAUCUUCGCCAACUCGAUCCCUCUGCGUCAGACAAGUCCAUUCUCGCCGCGCUAUCGGGCACCCGAUAUGUUCUCACAUCCUACACCGACGCAACCGGCCUCCCGCGUUAUGGCAUCACCAAAUCCACCUCUUCAAUGACCAGCAACCCCUACUCGCUCGGAAGCGCCAACAACUUCGACGCCUCGUCAAGACACCAAUACGCCGCUCUGACCAACCCAAACAACAUGUCCCUGCAAGAGUACCCAAUCAGAGAGCAAAAACCCUUCUCAGUCUCCUGGCGCCUCGUCCGCGACGCCAUCUUCAUCCUCGUGAUCCUCGCACUCUUCGGCAUCGUGCUAGCAUACUAUCUCGUAGGCAACCGCUCGGCCUUUAACAACUGGUUCAACUCCGGCGGCUUCGGCCCCAAAUUCACCCUCACCCUCAUCGCCGCCCUCAUCGACUUCGGAUGGAAGACGCUGGAGCGCGAGGUCCGGAUUCUGGCACCCUACCGCCGUCUGGGCGCCCGCCGCGCCCGCGCCGACAAGAGCGUGCUCGUCGACGUCGCGGGCGUCCCGCUCAGCGCCCUGUGGGGCGCGAUGCGGCGCGGCGAGGUGUUUCACUCCAUCGUCGCCGUCACGGCCAUCCUGUCGGACGUGCUGAUCAUCACGGUCGGCGGCGUGCCCUUCAGCCAGGGCCGCUUCUUCGACGCCUACCUCUACAGCUCGUACAUUUCGCUGGCGAUCCUGGGCUGGAUGGUCCUCGUCAUGCUGGCCGUCUUCUGGUGGCGCGCGCAGGUCAAGCGGCUGCGGCUGCCGCGCGAGCCGGACACGAUCCUGAGCGUGUGGCUGAUGAUGGCCGAUGAGGGCAACGGCCUGCUGCGCGAGUACGGCGGGUGGGAGACGACGCGGGGCGCGGAACGAGAUCGGGCCGCGAAGCGCAGGGGCGCGAUAUACAGUGGUGGCUGGAUGAAGGUCGAGGAUGGGAGCGAGAGGUGGUGUAUCAGUGUGGAUGAUGGCGUGGCCGGUGGUGGUGGCGGCGGCGGUGGCAGUCUGGUCUCCUAUGACUAUGGUACGGUCAGAUAUUGA